ACUUCGAGGUCGGGGUAAGUGAUGGAGCCACUGCCCUCCACCCUCCACCCAUUUCACAGCCAGUGCGCGGAGCCCCAGCGAUAAGGUGGACGAUGCCUUUUCUUUCUUGUUCUCCUGGAUGAGGGGCUGGGCGGGAGCGGGCGGCUCGGUGCGGCGCUGAGAUCGUCUCCUGCGGCCAUCGCCCGCCACACUCACACACAGUGAACGAGCACACCCCGGCCGGGACAGACGCUGGCAUGGCGCACCGCGGAGAGAAAGGAAGGGACGGAGAGAAGACCAGCGGCCGGAGCAAAGAAAGGAGGACACACCACGUCUAACUCGCGUUCAGGCAGCUCAGGCAACGCUACACUCCAGCCGGCCCCCCGCGCUCGGCCGGGCGCGCAGGGAAACUCCUCGACACAACAAAGAGGAGCGGCCGCGGCCGGGACGCCGUCUCCGAGUUUCACUCGGUUCCGCGACCCACUGCGAAGGGAGCUGGGACCGGAGGGCCGACGCCGGGCCCGAGGGACGCGAGGCGCCGCGGCCCGGCCGGCCCGACCCCCCGAAGGGCGCCCUGGCCCGGCCGGACAAGCGGCCGCGCUCGCCCCCCGCGCGGACCUCCGGCCUCCCGCGCGCUCCCCGCCGCCGCCUUCGGGAGCCCGCCCCGGGCGGGGAAGCCGCGGGAGGGGUGCGCGGGCCCGGCCGGGGGGAAGAGGGGAGGGGACAUGGCGCGCUACCUGGACUCCGGCGAUGGCGAGGGCGGUCCGCUCUCCCGCCGGGGCUAGUCCGCGAGGGCGCCGGGCCCGUCGCUCCCCCCGGCGGCCCGGAGCCCUCCUCGGCCCCCGCCCCGAGGCGUCCGGGCCAGGCCGCCCCUCCUCGGCGCCGCGCCGCUGCCCGCGCGAGCCGGGCCGCCUCGAGCUCCCGGGCCGCCCCGCCGCGGGGGCCUCUCUCGCGGGGCGCCCGGCUCCCCUCACCCGCUCGCGUCCCCUGAGCGGCCCGCGGAGCCGAGGGCAGGGCGGGAAGGGCCUCCGGAGGAGAGCGGGCGGGCGCGAACGCGGGCUCCGCCACCCGAGCCGCUCCGUUACCGCAGCGGCGACGACGACCAGGGCCGAGGUGCCGCUGCCAACUUGUCGGGAGGACACUGAGCAUGCGCGCGGAGACCACAUCCGGGUAAUUUCAGGGUUUGGCCCUUUCCCCCCUCAGCUUUCCUUUCUCCCGGCUGCCCCCGCCUCCCGCCCGCAGUGCCGGGAGGGCGCUCUGCGCAGGCGCCCGCGGAGGAGGAGAGCCAGCCCGCCCGCGGCCCGCCGGACUCUCCGCUCGGGACCCGGCCCUGCAGGGAGGCGCAGCCCCUCAGAGGUGGGCGAGAAAGGCCGCCUGGAGGGAGCGAUCGCCGGAGAAAUUGGCAUCUCUUCGCAGAAAGGUACCCAAGAAGCGCGGGAGAGCGCGGCGCGUAGGGGCGUCCAGAAAUACUUCUGUGGGGGUUCCACCGAGACCAAUUAGAAAGCUCUAAAGGCCUGGUUUAGAGCCUAAAGCCAUCUGCUGCUGGGCGUGGAGGAGGCCUUACCUCGGCGGAAGUGGGACUGCCCCGUGGAAGUAGGACUGCCCCGAGCGUCGGCGUCUCCGCCCAGGCCCGCUCCAC